AAGAGAUGACAAGGCUGAACUCAAUCACAGAGCUGAAGGAAGGCUGAAGAGUCCACAGAAACCCUGACAGACUGUCUGUCAGUGGGUUUCCCAUCCUGGGAGGCCAGGGGUGGGGAGCCUCUGAAGAGCGGCUUCGCUUAAGAGCACCAACAUCAGGGAACAGAGAUGUUUCCCAUACUCCGCAGACUGACGCCUGGAUACAUCCGUCUGCUGCAGACGCAAGCCUACCAUAACGUGUGUCUGACGCCCCCGGCGGAGAAGUCUGUUCCUGGCAUGGCGAUGAUUCUGGGCGCAGUGGGAAUCGGCAUGUGCGGCUACAGCUCCAGACAACUGGCCCUCUACCACCGGCCGUCCGCUCGCGUGCUGCAGUGGGCCGGCACCUACACCGACGCCAGCGUGUCCGGAGCUGCUGCCCAGCGAUUCAUGGAUCCUCGGAACACCGGCCCAAACCAGGAGCUCCCGACUCACUACUUCGUGGGCCAGAAGUUCCCUUAGGAAAUGAAUGGUCCAGACCGAAGGCCGUCUCAGUUUCCACAAGUUUGCAUGUUGAAGAUCGCAGCUAUGCCGGCCCAUUCCUCGAGUGAGGCCCAUGUGCUCUCUGGUAACGUGCAAAGUGUGGCCAACUGAGUCAGCCGGAGCGGCGGUGGCUAGCAUGUACUCGCAGUUUUAAAUGUGUAGCUUAAAGAGAAACCAUCCAGUAUACUUGUGGUCAUUUGUAGCAGAACACAAAGAUGGCUGCUUGGAGUUGGAGCAGCAAAUAAAGGUCCACCCUAGCCAGAUGAAAUGAUGCUGGAACUUCCUACCAACAGGACUUGAGUAUCAUGAUGGCGAUUUAGGACAGCCUUGGUUGAAAAACGUCCCUCGGAGGCCGUGAAGAAGCUCAGCUGACACCAUUGCUCUUUGAUUUGGUCACACACAGCUUCAGAAAUAGAAGGUGGAGCUUGAGAACCCAUGGAUUUCCCAAACUCCUCAUGCGACAACGCUACUUGCAGUGGAGGAAUUAGCCUUCUACCAACAACACAGUUCCCACCUUUGAGAGAGACGAGAGUUCUUGGAACUUCCCUCGGCUCUCAAAGGAUCACAUGCUAUUCAUAGAUUGUCAAGUCAUGCAAACUGACUCAUACUAGACCAGAUUAGAACAUGCUAAAUCACCUGCCACGAGCGACGAUCCUUGAGGGGAUUCUAGUCGCACACCGUCAAUCUGGAAACCUGUCAGAAGCAUGUUGUUUUCCAAGCUUCCCAGCUUUGUGCUAUUCUCCCUGCGGUGUCCACCAUUUUGGAUUUGAAUUUCCAUUGUGAAAUAUUUGCAUCCAUUUGCGUUGCAAAAAAAAAAAAGGCGCGACACCGAGUGUGGUUGAGGAUAUGUGCUGUGCCUUUUGGGAAGCGAAGGAUUACUCGCCUAUGAAAGCAGGAUAUGACCUAAAGAACCAGGGUGAGGAAGAAAGCUGUGGCGGGAUGUAUCCAUCUCUAAAGGUGGCUGAAGGACUUCCAGUCGUUCGGCGCCUCCAGUCUACUAAGCUGGGAGGAAAAAUGGGAGCCUCCACCAUUGUCAGCGCUCAGAGGUCACUCGGACCUUGUGAUCAAUUUAAAGUUGAGCAGUUCUGCUGCCAAGUAUCCUGGCAGGGAUCUGGAGUGUUUAGCGCCCCAAAAAGAGAACCUGGAGGAGCCAAGCUCCGUAGCUCACAAAUAGAAGUCUGUAAUCCACUCAGCUGAAGCACUAAUGGGUCCAACUGGCAAACAAACAGACCUCACCCUGCACCUGAAAACAACAAUGUGACACUCCCUAAGAUGUUCCAUGAGGUUUUGAAAUGUAAACGGCUUUGUAUUUGACAUUAAAGUCUGGUCACAUGGUUGAGCAGUGGGAAUGUUCUUCUCAACACGGGCUGUAUACAAUUGCUUUGUGAUGUCAUCCUUGCGGUGUUAGAUGACAAUAAAAAGCUAUUUAGCAAUAGAGAAGCAACACUUCUUCACUACUGGUGAGUUGAUGUAAGUUGACUUUGGAUUGUGAAUUGAAAGGUUUCAGAACCGGCGAGCGGCACCAUUUUAUUCACUGUGGAAUCAACUCAAUUUCUCAUAACAUGUGGGACCCAACUGGCACCACGUCGCUUAAGCGCUUUUAAAAUAGACGAUGACUGGUGGUGAGUACUUGCACCAGCAGCGCAGGCUAGUGCUGUCAGUCGAUUAAAAAAAAUAAUCGAAUGAAUUACAGGAUUUUGUAAUUAAUUAAUCGAAUUAAUCGCAUUUUAUGUCAUAUCUGCUAAAGGUCUCCUGAUAAAGAAAUUGUCCUAGUAUAUUAAAAAUUGUAGUGCAUGACUAAUCCAUUGAAUACAGUAAGAAGAGAGGAUUUGAAAUCCAAUUUUUUAUUGGUGAACUGUGCUUCAUAAAUGAAAUCCAAAAGUAAAGGUCAAGCACAUCCGCAAACCAGUUAAGCCUGGUGCAUUAUUCUAAAAUACAAAACAAAUACAGCAAUACCGUUAAAUAAAUAAAAUAAAGCUGUCUUCAAAAAUGUAAAACAAACAGCAAUACAGUUAAAUAAAUAAAAUAGAGCUGUCUUCAAAAAUGUAAAACAAACAGCAAUACAGUUAAAUAAAUAAAAUAAAGCUCUCUUCAAAAAUGUAAAACAAACAGCAAUACAGUUAAAUAAAAUAAAGCUGUCUUCAAAAAUGUAAAACAAACAGCAAUACAGUUAAAUAAAAUAAAGCUGUCUUCAAAAAUGUAAAACAAACAGCAAUACAGUUAAAUAAAUAAAAUAAAGCUGUCUUCAAAAAUGUAAAACAAACAGCAAUACAGUUAAAUUAAUAAAAUAAAGAUGUCUUCAAAAAUGCAAAACAAACAGCAAUACAGUUAAAUAAAUAAAAUAAAGCUGUCUUCAAAAAUGUAAAACAAACAGCAAUACAGUUAAAUAAAUAAAAUAAAGCUGUCUUCAAAAAUGUAAAACAAACAGCAAUACAGUUAAAUAAAUAAAAUAAAGUUGUCUUCAAAAAAUGUAAAACAAACAGCAAUACAGUUAAAUAAAUAAAAUAAAGUUGUCUUCAAAAAUGUAAAACAAACAGCAAUACAGUUAAAUAAAUAAAAUAAAGCUGUCUUCAAAAAUGUAAAACAAACAGCAAUACAGUUAAAUAAAUAAAAUAAAGCUGUCUUCAAAAAUGUAAAACAAACAGCAAUACAGUUAAAUAAAUAAAAUAGAGCUGUCUUCAAAAAAUGUAAAACAAACAGCAAUACAGUUAAAUAAAUAAAAUAAAGUUGUCUUCAAAAAUGUAAAACAAACAGCAAUACAGUUAAAUAAAUAAAAUAAAGAUGUCUUCAAAAAUGCAAAACAAACAGCAAUACAGUUAAAUAAAUAAAAUAAGGCUGUUUUCAAAAAUGUAAUACAAAUACAGCGAUUCAGUUAAAUAAAUAAAAUUCUGAAAUAAAAUAAGGCUGUCUCAAAUGGGCACAGAAGCUAAAUAUAGCAAUUAAAAAAUGAAUAAUAGAAGAAUAACUCGCCUCUAAAUGACUCAAAAUGAAGAACCGUUGAUACUCAUAAUUAAUUGCGUUACAUUUUUUAAUGCGUUAAAUUGUGGCGUAAUUAAUCGAAUUAACGCGAUAAAGGACAGCACUAGCACAGGCAUAUUUGGACAGAAAAUAUAUUUUUUUUAAUUGUUAUUUAAAAUUGUUAAGUUGUUGUAAUUUAAUCGUACAAAUAUAUGUGACAAAAUAAAACAAAAUUCUAAUUUUAAUGGAGUUUCAACAAAAAUUAGAUCAUUAUAGAUUAAAUGGAAUGGAAUCUGUUCUAAAUGCGUUUCCAAAAACAAACAAAAAAUACGAACUACUCUUACAAGCUGUGAGACACUUAUAAAAAUAUCCUCCUUUACACGCAAAUUGUUUUGAUUUGAAAAUAAUUCUGAUGUAAAAUAUAAUGGUUGUUGACUUAAAUCACGAUUAAGUCUUAUUUUCUACUUUCAAUUUAAACUUUAAAUCAAGCUUUCAGAAUAACGGGUUUCUGCUGAGACUCAACUACGACCUCUUGUGGUCAGGCGAAGUGGACAUCGGUGUGAUCGGUCAUCGAUUACAUCAAUGUUUUCCUUUUCCCUCCUUUCACGAGCCGGUCUCCUUCAGUCCCAGCUCUCGGAUGAAGUUUGACUUUUCCCCAGUAAUAUGUGACGUGUUAACAUUUGCGAAGAAACACGUUUUGAGUCUUCCUCCACCUUCUUCUGUCUUUCCUUAAAGACGCAGCGAGGCAAGUGUGGAAGUGGAGUGGACCGAACUCGUGGAGUUAUUUCUGCUUAACAGUUUCGGGACAGAGAUCACCUGCUGGACAGUGACAUCACCGCUGCGCUAUGGGGAACUUCUCCAGUAAAGACAACCAUGGAGCUUCAGGAGCUCCUCUGGACAGUCUGCACGCUCCUCCUGCAUCUCUACAGACCGAAGAGCCUCGUCCUAAAUCAAGUAUCCCCCAACUCCACCCCCCCACUUCUCCCAAAGCUUCCCUUCCAGCCCCAGGUUCAUCUCCACCUCCAGUGCCUGGGCUCACUCCUGACACGAGGCCUCGUCCUGUGGCGACGGUAAUCACCCCGGUCCACGACAAAGCAGACACCAAAGGAAACGCAGAUUCUGUGGAGGAUGUGGCUCCUCCUGCAUCGACCCCUCGGACGACGGGCUCCCAGGCGAAGAGCGCCCCGGUCGUUCUCAUCAAAAGCCCAUCUGAGGCAUCGACCUCCCCUCCUUUCGUGUUGAGCCACUCGGAUCUAAAAUGGCAAGAAAGUGGGCUCAGUCCUUCUCCGCGCCGGGGUCUUGAGAUUGAAGAGAGUGAGAUGGAGAAGCUGCUGGACGAGUGUCUGGCCACUCUGCACAUCAGUCCCAAAGAGGAUGAACCAAGAAACAUAGCAGAUAUACUGAGGCAGCUACAGCAGGAAGUCAUUAAUUUGAGGACUACAAUGCAGUCAGAGCAGACGGAUUGGUUGCAGUUCCAGAACGACUUCCAAGUGGCAGUGGCAGUGGCAGACAGGUUGCGAGCGGAGGCAGAAGAAGAGCUUUUGGUGCUACGUGCCUCUCACAAAGACAUUGAGAGAGAGCUGGAGGACGCCAAACGGCGACAGAAAGAGGCCGACGUACAGUUAGUCGCCCUGAGAGACGAGUUAAAGGAGAGUCAGCGGAAACUGGCCCUUGUGACUCGGCAGGCAUCGGAGCAACACAACCAGGAACCGAACAACAACCACGAGGGCAACCAGAAGGGUCAGGAAAGGGGUCUGAACAGACUGGGACACGCCAACUUAAGCUCAGGAACUCUGAACGAUGGUAGAAAAGUUGAAGACAAUAAAAGUGUGACCAAGCUGUACCUCAGGAAUUUGGCGAAUAAGGAAAAGAGCGCAGAGAUUACCAGAACAGCUCUGCCAGAGAGGUCAAGAAGCCUUUCUAGAUCGGCAUCAUCAGAACCACCCACGGUACAGAAUGGAACACUGCUGACAUCCUCAAUCACCACCAAGAGUGCGAACACUAUUCGAGUUUGUCGGAGUCUGAACGACCAGGACAGCCGCUUGAAUCCCAACACUGGAAAACGAGAGGAGUCCCUGAAAAGGUACAACUCCACCACCGCCGGUGAGCUUCCACCCAACAUAUCCCCGGAUGGUUUCAACAUGUUGCUGCAUCGCCAUGGAGGCUCCAAGAGGAACUGGAUGCUGCACUGGUGUCAGAGCCGAACUCAGGGCUACAAGAACAUUGAAAUCACCAACUUCAGCAGCAGCUGGGUGGAUGGCCUGGCCUUCUGUGCGCUCUACCACACCUACCUCCCGUCACGCAUCCCCUACAGCACACUCAGCCCGGAGAACAAGCGCGAGAAUCUGAGUCUGGCGUUCAGAACUGGCCUGGCUGUCGGGAUAUCGCCGUCUUUAACAACAGAGGAGAUGCUGAGAGCAGGCGGCCCUGACUGGCAGAGGGUGCUGAGCUAUGUGGAGACCAUGAGCAGAGUCAGGAAACCACAGACGGAAGCAAUCGAUCAGUUGCUCAACUUCAACCGAGGUGGAGAAAUGAAUGCACUGAUGAUCGGAACCUGGACUCCGUUCAUGAUCACUGGUCCUGAUGAGGUGCAUGCUGGGACGCCGACUCAGCUGGCCCUCACUGUAUUCUCCGACUUCUCUACCAGAGUGACUGCUGAAAUGGUUUAUGGUGACACCAGUGUUGUCCAAACGGAGGAAGUUGAGGGCGGCUUGACCAGGAUCCUGACUCUCCCUGCAAUUAAAGACUCUCCGAGUCCAGCAGUCGUCAAUCUGACUCUUAAAGGUUACAAGGACCAGGAUGUUAUUUUCUCCAGCAGGAGAAUGCUCAUCUUCCGACCCACCAACGUCUCCAGCUUCAUCGUCACCGACAGGUCUCGCUACUAUCCAGGAGAUUCCGUCAAAGUCUGGGUGGCGUCAGUGGAGUCGGAUAAUCGACCUUACGAAGGCGGGGUGGAGGUUUCCAUACAGGACCCCGAGGAGACAGUGGUCACAAGGUGGGAGUCGACCGGAAAUCUCGGAAUUGUGUUGCAGGAAUUCAAUCUAUCUCACACGCCGCCUUUAGGACAGUGGAGCGUCAGUGUCACCAUCAAUGGAGUGAAAACUGAGCGCAACUUUACCGUGGAGCAGUAUGAUCCACCAAUCUUCACGAUUGUGGUCAGGACGGCAACUAGAGUCCUUGUUGGAGAUGAUGUUUCAGGAUCAGUACGUGCCACUUACACCAGUGGAAAACCUGUGGAAGGAACUCUGACCAUCUCGCUCUCGAGGGGAUCUGGGACAGAAUUGUUAACACAUACCAAACAGAUUUAUGGAUCCGCCAAGUUUCUCUUCAGCAACGCUCAACUGGAAUCGACGAACACAUCAGAACCUGUUCGUGUGUCUGCUUCAGUCACUGAUGCGUCCUCAGGAUUCAAAGCCAGCAGGGAUGUCCAGAUCCAGUUUUCGAGAGAAAAAUUCCUCCUGGAAUUCUGUGAUUUUCCUCGACUGAAGCCAGCGUUGCACUUCUUCUCAGUGCUGAAGAUCUCCAGAUUUGACGGGAAACCGCUGAGCUUGUGGGACAGAGUGUACAGUGCAGUGGUUGAGGUCAUUCAAAGAACUUCUAGUGCCAAAGCUGAACCAACAGUGCUGACGCUGGCUGUGCCUGAGGAUGGGAACGUCUUCAUUCAGUUCAGAUUACAAGAUGACAUACAAGCUGUCUUCUUGCGGGCCAGGUUCCAGUCCAGUGUGAAGAAGCUGACCGUGCUCCACGCAGCCUCCACCACCACAUCCUCCAUGCAGAUCCUGCCAGCUCCUGCUGCUCAGAUUGGAGUUCCUCUUCGUAUAGACGUGGAGAGCACUGUUCAACUGAGCGAGCUCCACUACGUGGUCACCUCAAGAGAACAAGUGCUGAUUUCCGGGGUUACGACUUCCCUCCCGUUUACUCUGAGCCCAACCCGCUCCUGGUCCCCUGAGGCUUAUAUCACUGUCUAUAGUCUGCUGCCCGGUGGAGAGCUCCACAGCACCACAGGACGAAUUCCACUCCACCAGCACGGCUAUGUAACUGUAGACUGGAGCAGUGACAGGGCUCACCCCGGAGAGCAAGUUUCACUAGCUCUCAAAGCUCUAGAACCAAUGUCACACGUGGCACUCCUGGUCAUGGGGGCGCAUGAUGAUUCACCGCAGGAUAUGGGUCAGAAUUGCAACUUAUGGAGGUUGAGCAACUCCUUACGACCCAGUGAAGAGCUUGCUGGACCCUCAGAAGACGCUCUCAUUGUGGAGAGAUACUGGCGGCAGUGGACGGAUGGCAGCGACUCCUUGCUGUGGCUGGAUGCGGAGAUGAGUGAUGGAAACUGGACGAGUGAAGAAAUUACAGUUCCAGAUGGCUUUACGUCUUUAAGAGCUGUGGCUGUGAGCAUGUCCGACACCUACGGUUUGGUCUUCACUCCAGUGCCACAAACGCUGCCUGUGUCCAAAGAUUUCUCCUUGUCCCUCGACGUACCAUCAGCUCUGUUCAGAGGGGAGGAACUCGUCCUGGAAGUGAAAGUCAUCAACCAUUUGGAGCAGGAAAUUGAGGUCAUCGUCCUACUGGCACACAGUGAAGCUUUUGAGUUUGUUUUGGCUGACCGAGGCGACGUCUCCGUUUUGAAUGCCCAAAAAUUGACCAUACAAAGCCAUUCGUCGGACUCCGCUCUGUUUCCCGUGCGGUUCGUCUCCACCGGCCAAACGGAACUAUCGGUGGAUGCCGUCUCUGCUGAUGCCUCCGACAGUCUCAUCUGGAAGGUUCUGGUGAAGGUAGGCAACAUGGGCAGAAGCAGGGUGCUAUUCCUUCAGUUACCAACCAUAUAUUUCUCAAAAAAAAAGUCUGAAGGAGUCCCACAGUCCGCAACUGUGUCUCACUUUCUGGAACUGGCGCCCAUGAUGAACAACAAAUCCAUCUCCUUUUCGUUCUCCUUCCCUGCAAAUGUGGUACCAGGCAGCCAGAGGGCCUUUCUGGCCCUGGUCGGUGACACCAUGGCUCUGUCCAUCCAACACUUGGAGCAGCUGGUUCAGCCGCCUCUGGGUAGCGGGGAGCAGAAUAUGAUCCGAUUUGCUCCGAAUGUUUAUGUUCUUCAGUACCUGGACAGGACCGACCAGGAACAGCCAGAGAUCCGGAGCAGAGCUCUGGGGUAUAUGACGGAAGGUUAUCAAAGGCAACUGACUUACCAACGUUCCGACGGCUCGUUUGGUGAUUUUGGAGACAGCUCUGGUAGUGUAUGGCUGACGGCCUUCGUCCUCAGAUGCUUCCAGCAGGCUCAACUGCUCAUGUCCAUCGACUACAGUGUCCUGACCAGGGCCAGGUCUUGGCUCCUGGGUCAUCAGGGACCUCAGGGGGAGUUCAGAGAGCUGGGAAAAGUAAUCCACACUGAGCUGCAUGAAGACCUGGAUGUUGGUUCUGUUGGGCUGACAGCUUACGUCCUCAUCGCUCUUCUGGAGAACCCGGAUAACGUGGAAUUGUUCCCAGCCAAUGUGUCGCUUGCUACAAAGUACCUGGAGGACAAGGUGUCCAGUGGGGUGGUCAGUAACUACAGUCUGAGUCUGGCUGCGUACGCCUUGUCUCUGGCCGUGAGUCCUGCGGCUGACACUGCCCUCAACACGCUAGCCUUACGCGCAGACAACAGAGAGCGAGUCAUGAUGUGGAGCACCUCUGCAGGCCUGCAGUCACAUGACUGGCGUCCACGCUCCACUCAGGUGGAGAUGACCUCCUACGUGGCGCUUGCCCAUUUCCAGCGUAGACGCUUUCCCACGGGCAUCGAACAAGUCAAGUGGUUGAGCAGCCAGAGGGACCAUCACGGGGGAUACGGCAGCACACAGGCCACAGUGGUUGCCCUCCAGGCUCUGUCCUACUACGCCACCUUCAGUGGUGCCAGUGCCAUCGACCUCAUGGUCCAGCUCACUGCAGAACAAUCCGUGUUCCGCUUUCACAUCAACUCCAGCACCUACCUGAGCUACUAUCGGCAGGAGAUGAACGCUGGCCAAGACAUACACCUGAGUCUUUACCUCGAGGGGAGAGGAUUCGCAGUGCUGCAGAUGAACGUCUUUUACAACCUGGACAGCAGAGCGUUUUCACAGAGCCUUGCACAUACCACUGACCAGGAGGACUUUGCUUUAAAUGUAGGCGUUCUGUCGGAGACGGACCAAGAUCACAUCAUCGUCUCAGUGUGCAUGAGGUUAAAAAGCAGCGCGCCAAUGUCCCACACUGGAAUGGCUUUGUUGGACGUGGGCAUGCUCAGUGGCUUCAGUCUGUCGCCUGGAGCUGCUGUCAAAACAGGUCUCAUAAGACAAAUGGAAAUCUUCCCUGAAAAAGUGACCUUCAAUCUCCACUCACUCAACAAGUCAGAGGUUUGCAUCACGCUGCCAAUGAUCAGAGUUUACAAAAUGGCGCAAGUGCAGGAAGCAGUGGUGCUGCUGUACGAUUACUACGAGCCCACACGGAGAGCAACAGCGACGUACGCAGUCAAGUCACCUUCCCACUCCUGCCACUACUGCGGUGACAACUGCCAACGCUGCAGACCAGGAGUAGCCCUCGGCGUGACCUCAAAUCCCCCACCGAACUCGGCUUGCAGCGCCCUCUACAGUACAAGCUUGGCAAGCUUCAGUGUUUUUCUGUAUUUAUUUAUUUGACAUUAAAAAAUACGUUAAAUUAUUACAACAGUAAUAAAUUCAUUAAGAAAACUUAAAUAAACGUAUGUUGAUGUUUAAUAAUUCAAAGUACACUGCAUCAACAACCAUGUCGUCUGUCCAGGCAGGUGCUUUUUGUAUUUAUUGUGUAUGAAAAAAUACUUUUGUUACUGUAAAAAAUAAAUG